UUGCAGACCCCGCACAGCCUGUCGUCGCUUUGUGAAAAUUUCAGCCAAUAGAUGGACGGACCCCUGAUUGUCUCAGCGUUCGAAAGAGGAGGAGAGUGGCCAAUGGGAAGCUCCCCCAGACGCAGCUAGGAUUCCAUGCAGUCCGUGAGUUGUGGUAGAGCGCAAGGACUUUCUCACGCGUUAGCCCAGGUAGAGCGGAAUCAAAGAGCGCCGCCUGCCGGCCAUCCAACCAACACCUCUGCCUCAGGCUCCUCCCCGUGCCGGUCUACUACGCCCUCCUCGGCCCGCUCCCUCGGUCGUAUUAUGUCAUCUGGAAGCGGCUCGCUUGGGAAGGCUGAAGCGCUGUGCACAUUGUGAGGAGAGCGGUCCUUGCGAGGUUCGUGGUGCCGUGGAAGCGAAGAGGGGCCUCGCUGUUUUCGGAGCCGCCUGGAAGGCGGGGGGUGGCAAGGGAGCCUGGGUUUCCAGGGAAGGAGGAGGCUUGGCUCGUCGGGCUUUCUCUGCUUUUCAGCAAGCUCUCUCCUCCCCGGUGCCCUGCGCCCGCCGCCGCCGCCGUCGCCCCCCGGUGGCUCUGUCUCCGCGGAUCCUGCCGUCCUCUGGGAUCUCCUUCACCGGGGUCAGGCGGAUGCCGCCGCAGCAAGGAGAGACGGGUUAUAUCAGCAAGCCGCUGCCGGGCGGCUGCGAGGUACCCCCGGUGCCUCCCCGCCGGGUUCGCGGCAGCCGAGCGGCGGCGUUGGGGGCGGCGUUGGGAAGCCGCUGCCGGGCCGGAGUUGGCGGCGGCGGCGGCGACUCUGGAGGAACCGGCGCGGAACCCCGGCGCAGCAUCAAGUGUGUUCUGGUGGGAGACGGCGCGGUGGGCAAAACCAGCCUGGUGGUGAGUUACACUACCAAUGGCUACCCCACGGAGUACAUCCCCACUGCCUUCGACAAUUUUUCAGCUGUUGUGUCAGUAGACGGUCGACCAGUUAGGCUCCAGCUCUGUGACACAGCUGGCCAGGAUGAAUUUGACAAGCUCCGGCCACUGUGCUACACCAACACAGACAUCUUUUUGCUGUGCUUCAGUGUGGUGAGCCCUUCCUCUUUCCAGAAUGUGAGUGAAAAGUGGGUUCCUGAAAUCCGAUGCCACUGCCCCAAAGCACCGAUUAUUCUUGUUGGGACACAAUCGGACCUCCGGGAGGAUGUCAAAGUACUCAUUGAGUUAGACAAAUGCAAAGAAAAGCCAGUGGCAGAGGAGGCCGCAAGGCUCUGUGCCGAGGAAAUCAAAGCUGCCUCUUAUAUCGAGUGCUCCGCUUUGACUCAGAAAAACCUCAAAGAAGUCUUUGAUGCAGCCAUUGUUGCUGGCAUUCAGUAUUCGGAUACCCAGCAACAGCCAAAGAAAUCGAAAAGCAGAACUCCGGACAAAAUGAAAAAUCUCUCCAAGUCCUGGUGGAAAAAGUACUGCUGUCUUGUAUAGUACAUUUGCAAAGACUUCAGAAACAGCAGUCUGAUGCCAAGAGCAAUUAGAAGCUAUAUUAGCUCAAAACCUCUAUAUCUCAGUGCACAGACUAAGGGAUGUUCAUGCACAUAAUGCUAAUGGCCUUCAUUGGGAGAAGAGAUGCAGAAAUGAGAGGGAGCUGGUGGCUGGAUGUCAGGUUGAGUGAUCAGAGCUCCUUCGUGUUUGCUCUCCCAUCAAAGUAAAGCACACCACAAGUUUGGGACCUGAAAAGCUGUCCUGAGGACUUGACUGAUCAGAGGAAAUGGGAGGAGGAGCCAGGCCUUUGCUAAGCAGGCUCCUGGGCAUCAGCAAAGGACUACAGAAAUAUGGAGCUCUACGGAUGGAUACCUUUAAAAAAAAAUGUGUGCCUCUUACAAAAUUUAGCUUUAAAAGCUGUUUCUCCCUCAACAUGCUUCUCAGUCUUUGGUCUUCUGAUGUAUUCCAGAAACAUCUACAGAACUGAUGAAUUAACAGAAUUUGCGCAUAAAUCCAAAUGUUUUUUUAAAGGGGAUGUGCCUACUUCAUGCACAGUGUAGGGAUGUCUAACAUGCUCUGCUGCUUCCAUAUGUGGUCUUAUUUGUAGACUCCUGGCUUGCUGGUCCCUUUUACAGGAUGUGAGGUACACACCUGGAGAAUGGUUUUUGAACUCUGAUGUUUUGAAUAGCUGCCGAUUUCUUUUUUCUUUAUAGAGAUCCCAUGACCACUCACUUUGAUCCGUUUAUAAAAGAUGUAAAUCUUUUGUGGUUUUCUUAAAGAGGUUGCACAAAAUAUCAAUGAAAUGUAUGAGUUCCUUGUACUGAGGAGCUCAAUGGUUUUUAAAUGAUAGGAAAAAUUAUCACGUUAUAGCCCCUUUCACACUGUCAGGUGCCGUACAGUGACACAUCUUGGACACAUUUAUUAUCUAUUGCAUUUUCAUCUCAUCUGUCCUCCAAGGCACUCAGGGUAGCAUACUUCCUCCAUUUUACUUUCACAAGCUUGAAGAUGGAUUAGGCUGAGAGACAGUAUAUGGCCCAGUGAGCUUAAUGGCAGAGGAGGGGGGAUUGGAUCUUUGCAGACAGAGCAGAGCCUUAUCAGUACUGAAUUCAGUACUUGUUCAUGUAAAGCAAGUGACGAUAUCAUAAGGUGAUGCCUUUAUGGCUCUAAUCCAAAACACUUUGAAAUCAAUCCACUGAAGCCAAUAGACCCGUUUUCUAAAUUAGUGUGUAUAGUAUUGGUAUGUGUAAUGACAUGGCCAUAUGAAUUGGCCUUGAUUCAAAUGCACCACUUUUUCCUGAGUUUUCAUGUGUGAAAAAUAGAGCCUUUUGAAAAAAAUGUACGUGGACACACAACAGGUUUUGGUGAUUAAAUCCCUUUUGAAACAGUUAAAAAAACCCAUAAAAUUUAGCAAGUUUCUUUAAGUGGAUUAAUUAUAUUAAGAACACAGGUAGGUCGUCAUGGGGCUAUUUCUACAAUGAAUUCAGUAACCUAAACUAAAGCAAAAUGAGUGUACAAGCCUUAAGUUAUGGCAUGAAUUCAACCAUCUGUAGAGUUUGCAGAGUGAAACUUUUCUGCUUCCUCCCCCACCCCCACUCUCCCCCCACACUUUGUUCUUGGGAGGGCAAGUGAACCCUGAGGAAUAGCACAGGGGCAAAGGGGGGUGUCUUGGGGAACUGGUAGAAAUCUCUGCCCCUUUUUCUGCAAACAGAAGUGCUGUUCCAUCAGAGGAAUAGCAUUGUUGGAUAAACAUCGUUGAUUCUUCUUUCUGUAUUGUCAGGGGAGGGUUGCAAUAGCCUUAGUGUUUAUUUCAGGAUAUUGUGGACAAUUUCUCAUGUGCAAGGUCUAGGAAAAUGAAUAGAAUCUAGGUAAGAGUUCUCAUGUUAUUUUAUCUUGUUUCCCUGUCUCUCGUCUGUGAGAUGUGCCAGUGGAAUUCAGGGCUCUGGUACUGCCUGGGGAAAAAAGGGGGGGAAAGACCUUUAGUUGCCUAAUGGCUGAAAGAUCCAAUUCAGGAGUUUGAAACAUACUUUCACCCCCUGGGAGAUGCUUAAAAAAUUUAUGACUAAAUAUAUGAUGAUGGAUCUUGAAUUUUUUCCAGCUUUAGUAGGUUAAUAGGGCAUGUUUCCUUUGUUAAUGUUGGUAGUAACCUUAAACUAGCAACUGCCUCUCUUGCCCUAUUUAUUCAUCUGCAGUAUUGCAUUAUAUCUUUAAUACAUACAGUAAAUGUAUACAAUUGACAAAUAAAUGUAAGAAUAACCCACAGUGCACAUAUAACCCACAGUGUACAUAGUUCCUUUCAGAUGGAAAUGAUGAGAGAAUGAAAUGACUUACGUGUUUACUAAAUUCACAGCGUAAUUUAAACUCUGAAUCAUUUCUGCUCUUUUUGAGAUGAUUUACAGUUAUCAUUUCUGAUAACCAAGCCCAUGUAGGUCACAAAAGAGGAUAGGAAAAUUAAAUAGCAAUAAAGGUUAUAAAGGAAAUGCAAGUGUCAACAGAAUACGCUCACAAUUCAAUACACUCUGCUUAAUUUUGUCCAUGCUUGUUCCUAACCAGUUUUUAAAACCUCUUCCUAGAUUGCAUAACAUGUCCGUUAUCAUGCCAAUGUGUGGUUUCCUUCAGCGAUGCCAAUUUUAAUAUCAUUUAAUGACGCUUAAGCCUUGGAGAUGUUCUUCUGAUAUAGAGUAUGUUAUUACUAAGGCCAAUACAAAAAAGCAGUUGGGGUAAAACUCAACUUGAAUUCCUUGACUGCAUAGCCUAGAAGUCACAUACAGAAAUUUUAUCCUUAGUAAGUAUCUCAAAUAAAUACUAACUAAAUUCAACAAUAGGAGCUUUUCAAAAAAAGUUAAUCCUGGGAUGUAUCCAAACCUGUGACUAACAGGUGCCUUUUCCUAAGGCUCUCAUUAGUUAGAUGGUCUUGAUAAAGUCACUUAGAAUGCAGUUGCUGACCUAUUUAAAGAAAAUGUUGAUAUAUAAAUAAAUCCUGAAAUUUGUGGGACUGAGGUACCAUGAUCCACAUAUACUGCUGCAAAAUGCAGUGGAAACUUCUGCUGGAUGAAACUAACCUAAUUCAAUAAAAAUGUGUUGGCUCCUG